ACGUAUACUUCGUCUAUCCGGUGAGCUACCCCGCCCAACACACUUUAGAUCCCUCGCAAUAUAUACUAUAUCUACGAAUUCGUAACUUGCCUCGCCGCUCGCCGUACAGGGAAAAGCUUUUUUUUUUCCCAUAUUUCCACCGUUCUACGUGUUUGACGCCUAGACGAGAAACGAUAGAAAAGGAUGCAGAAAGAAAGAGAAAGAGAGAGAGAGAACGCUUUGCUGGGGGUAUAUAAGUGAUACACUAGGUACGCUCUUUAGUCGGUCUACGGUACCUACUGACAACAUUCAACAAUCAGACAACAUGUUCAAGUUGCUCAUUAUCUUCGCACUCGUGGCUUACGCCUCCGCCGGAUUGUAUUCGGGAUAUGGUGGAUACGGUUAUGGUGGAUAUGGUUAUGGAGGAUACGGUUUGGGUCAUGGAAUUGCAGUUGCACCAGCUUACUCGUCUGGCCUCGCUUACCAUGCCCCCGUCGCGACAAGCUAUGCAAACACGUACAAGGUAGCGUUGGCUCCUACGGUGACCAAAGUCGCGGUUGCGGCACCUGCGGUGACCAAAGUCGCUUAUGCGGCACCGGCGAUCGCGAAAGUAGCUUAUGCCGCACCCGCUAUAACUUAUGCAGCUCCAGCCGUGGCUCCAGCCAUCAGCUAUAGCCACGGAUAUAGUAUCCCACCUUCGGUCACCACUUAUGGCCAUUCUCUCGGUUAUGGUCUGGGAUACGGAUACGGGCUCGGACACGGAUACGGAUACGGCCAUGGGUCAUCGUUUGUCCGGGCUCCACCCAGAUCGCCUUAUUGGAAGAAUCGAAGGGUGGGCCAGUUCUACCAACGAGCAUCAUUCGAUAAGCAGCAACGUUUCGAAGUUUCGAAGACAACGAGAAGUCAAGAAAAACUUACGAAGAUGUUCAAGCUGGUAUCAUUCGUCGCACUCUUGGGUUGCGUUUCCGCGGCACCAGGAGGAUUGAUAACACCGGUCGCUGCGCCGGUCGUGGCAGCUGCACCAGCAGUUGCAGUGGCUCACACCAUCCCGGUGGCUACCAGCUACGCUAACACUUACAGAGCACCGGUCAUCAAAGCUGCACCGCUCGUAGCAGCCGCACCGGCCCUCGUAGCUGCACCAGCCCUCGUCAAAACCGCACCGGUCGUAGCGGCUGCUCCUGCCAUCGUCAAAACCGCACCCUUCGUAGCUGCGGCUCCGGUCGUCCAUGCUGCAACUCCGGUCGUCCAUGCUGCAACUCCGGUCGUCCAUGCUGCUGCACCCCUCGUACACGCUGCUCCAGUUGUCGCUGCCCCUGCUCUCAUCAAGGCUGCACCCCUUGCUGUCAUCCAUUAAAAAGACCAUGCUCUAGAUUAAUAUUUAUUUCGCCAUGACCAGAUUAUUCUUUUUGAUAAAUAAAGCAACAGUUUUAUCUUGA